AUGUGGUCCCCUCUCGCCCAGUCAGAUCAGAGAUCCAACGCCUCCGAGCGCAGGGUGUCCGGGUCUAGUGCCGCUCCCAACCAGGAACAGAACACCGACAUCAACCCUAAGGAAGCCGCUUCAAACCUCCAGGAACAGGCACCAGAGGCCUUAAAAAAUGAGAACCAGGAACAGGACCAGGAGGAGCAGCCGUCUACUCCCACCCCUGACCAGAAUGUACCUGAUACAACAGAGCAGCGCGAUGAGGUCGAGUCUCAGGCGUCCGGCGCCACUGGAAGCAGUGGUGGCGGUGUGUUUGGGAAGCUGAAGUCUCUUGGCGGUGGUCUUGGACAGCAGGUUACUCAGACUGUCAAGAGUGUCCCUGGGCUUGCGAGCAAGCCGCUUGGAAUACUGAAGGGUCUUACGGUCAGCGAGGGUGGUGAGAUUCCGGGCCCUGAAGGUAACGUUGUCGGCCGGGUUGUUGAAGGUGGCGAGGAGGCUAUUGGUGGAACAGUGCAGGAGGGAGGAAAGAUUGUAAACGAGGCUGGCGAGACUAUUGGUCAGGCUGAACUUACCGAUGAGGUAAAGGGUACUGUUGACGAAGUGAAAGGUGACGCACCUGAAGAAGUACAAGAGGGUGUUGAUGAUACCACCGAAACCGCUGAGAAGGCAGUCGAAGACCCUGAAAAGGCUGUUGAAGGCACAGCCGACGAGGCCGAGAAGACCGCCGACGAUGCCACUGGAGAUGUUGAGGAGACCGCGGAAGGUGCAGCAGAUGAUGCUGAGAAGACGGCCGAAGACGCUGGUGAAGACGUCGAAAAGACAGCCGAGGAGGCAGAAGAGAACCUGCCACCAAUCUCCUCCCUCGAAGGCCUGACAUGCAACAAGGCCGGUAAGAUCAUCGACUCGUCCGGAAAGCCUAUCGGCGAGUUGGUGGAGGGCGACCCCAAGAAGCUCUCCAGGCUUGGAAGCAAGCUGGACGACAAGGGUCAAUUCUGGGACAGCCGUGGCAACGUGAUCGGGAAAGCCCAGACGAUCAAGGCCGAGGAUUAUGGAGACGAGCCUCCCUUCGCUGGUCUUGAAGGUCUGCACGUUGUAAAGGACGGCUUCGUUGAGGAUGAAGGCGGCAACCGGGUCGGCAAGCUCACUGAGGGCGAUGCUAAGAAGCUCAUCGGCCGUCCUGUCGAUGAGGAUGGCGACGUCACCGACCAGCACGGCAGCGUUAAGGGCCACGCAGAGCCUUACGAGGAGCCUGAUGAGGAGGAGCCCGAAGAGGAGGACCUGUCAAUCCUAGAGGGCAAGACAGUCAACAAGGCCGGCAAUGUUGUCGACGAGCAAGGCAAGGUUUAUGGUCGCAUCACCUCUGGCGAUGGUAAGCGUCUUGCAGGACGAAAAGUCGACGGCAAGGGUCAAAUCUGGGGUGACGAUGGCAAGGUUAUCGGUAAGGCUGAGCUCAUCCCUGGCGCCGAGCAGGAGAAGCCUGAGGGUACAUUCUAUGGAUUUGAGAACCUCAGUGUCGGCAAGGAUGGUGUGGUCCAGGAUGGAUCCGGCCGCAUUGUUGGCCGUGUCGUUGAAGGAGACGCCACGAAGCUUUCUGGCCGUAAAGUUGAUGAGGAUGGCGACAUUCUUGACAAAAAUGGGAACACCAUUGGACGUGCCGAGCGCUGGGAGCCGGAAGAGAAGAAGCGUGAUGUCAGCCCCAUGGCAGGCCGCAAGGUUACCCGCGACGGUGAAGUCCGCGACACGGAUGGAAACCUCAUCGGCAAGUUGACCUCAGGUAACCUGAGCAGCCUCAUCGGAAAGGAGAUCGAUGACAACGGAUACGUCGUCGACAAUGAUGGAAACAAGAUUGGCGAGUGUACCUUGCUAGAAAACAUCCCGGAACCCGAGCCUGAGGAGCCUGAGCCAGAGGGCCCGUCCCCCGAAGAGCUCGAGGCUCAGAAGAAGGAACAGGAAGACAAGGAGCUGGCCAAGAAGAUGUCAAGCAUUGUCUCAGGAACUCUGGACCGUGUUCUACCCAUCUGCAAGAUGAUCACCGAUCAUGUCGACAAAGCAGAGAAGACACCAAAGGAGGAGCUCGACGAGGAGCAAGUGGUUAAGAACGUGAAGCCAUUGCUCGAGGAGGCCGGCAGCAUUAUGCAAGAAUGCAACGGUGCAAUUCGUGCUCUUGAUCCCGAUGGACGUAUUGCCGCCAACGCGAAGGCCAGAGCUGCCUCCCACGAGGCAUCGCCUGAAGAACACACGCUGGCCGAGAAGCUGAAGGAGCUUUCGGAAUCAGUUCUCAGGACCAUCGAAAACGGAAAGAAGAAGAUCGAGGGCAUGCCGCAUGCAAAGAAGGCCCUCAACCCUCUCUGGGGUCUUCUCAGCGAACCGCUCUUCCAGAUCAUCGCGGCCGUUGGGCUCCUCUUGACUGGUGUGCUCGGCCUAGUCGGGCGAUUGCUGGAUGGCCUUGGGCUGGGUGGCUUGGUAAACGGCUUGCUCGGUGGCCUGGGACUCGACAAGCUGCUGGGAAACCUGGGGUUGACAUCCUUGACGGACUCCCUGGGAUUGACCGGCAACAAGAAAUAG